CAGUGGUUUAUGGCCUGUGUGUACUGGAUCAGCUGGGCAUCGGCUCAUUGAAGAGGAGCUCUCUGAGAGGCGCACCAGACCAAUCUGAAACUGGGCUGGUGGAAAGUACCUGCAGUCCUGACUCAGCUGGUGUGUCUGCCCGUGCAAUGGCACAGAGGCUGGCCAGGCUUGAGCAACGCAUGGAUGCCCUGGACCAGCUGCCCACUACCGACGCUCUCCUGAAACAGACCACCUCUGGCAGUGCCCAGCUUGUCAGAGACAUGUGGCAGCUGAUGCAGCUUCGCAAAAAGACAGAAGCCAACCAUGAUGGCAUCGCCAAGGCCAUGUCUGUACUGGGGGACUUGCUGGAUGAAGUAAGGAUCCUUAAGGAUACAACAAAUAGUACUUUCAUGCAGAUGGAUGAACUGCAAGUGACACAGCAGGCAGUCACUUUACAAGCAGUGAAGGAGGCUAUGACAACUAUGGAGGACUUAAAAGAGAGGAUGAGACAAAUGAAGGAGGCUGUGACCAGGCCACAGAACCAACCCAGCGUGGAGUCCGAACAGCAGGAGGGACAGCAGGCCCUGCGCUGGGUCGGAGCUCUGUCCACCCAGCAGGCAGCGCUCAAAGAGGAGCUGGAGUCGCUGCAGGACCAGCUGCAGCAGCUCACGCUGGCACUGGCAAACAAGGACAUCCCCAAUAACAUUCAGGCACAUUUAAAAUCCCUGGAUGAUGAGUUACAUUCUUUGAAAAGGAAAGAAACACAGGAGCAAAGGGGUCUGCAGACGUUCUAUGAUAAACUGGCAGAGUUCAGGGCAGAAUCUGACAGACAGAAUGCUGCCACUGAGCGACUGCUGGACAGCUGCAGAGAGUUGGAGAGCAGAGUGUCUCACCUUGAGCAGCACAGAGUCCAAAUGCAGAAAAGAAAAGGUUCUGGUGAGAGUGGUGAGGGGCAGCUGGAAAGAGGCGUGGGGGAUGAGGAUGCGUCUCUCAGUCAAGCUCAGCAGAAGGCCAUCUCUCAAUACCUGAGCUCCCUACUGCAGGACCUGCUGCCUACCCUGCCCACACAGGACUGGGACUGGCCAGAGGUGCUGGACAAGCUGUCCAAGGACAUGGAACACAAGCUAGAUCGCGUGGAGCUCAUCCCUCUGAAGCAGGAGCUGGAAGACGGCUGGAGGAAGAUCAAAGCCAGGCUAAAGGAGGAGCCAGACCUCGGGGCUAACACACCUGCAGGCUUCCGAAAAAAGCUGCUGGAGAGGGUUUCCUGCAUCUCCUGUGAUAAGCCCGCAAACAUAUUGACAGGAAUGCACCUGGUGACGGUCAGGUCCACCUCACCUCGUCCUGGCAGGUCUGGGUCUACGGGGCCUCACCAGCGGAGACAGGCCUGGAGGUGAGGACACAGCACAGACCAAGCACC